AUGAACUGUACUGAUGCUCAAAAAGUGCAGUUUGGUACCCAUAUGCUAGAAAAGGAAGCUGAAGAUUGGUGGAACAACACUCUUCAGAGGUUUGACGAAGAUGGCAUUGAGGUUACUUGGGAUCUUUUCCGUGAUGUCUUCUUGGAGAACUAUUUUCUUGAAGAUUGUCGUGGGAAGAAAGAGGUGGAGUUCCUUGAGUUAAAGCAAGGAAAUGGUACUGUUGCUGCUUAUGCCGCUAAAUUUCAGGAGCUUAUCAAGUAUUGUCCCCACUAUAAUACUGCUAAUGCUGAGAGAUCUAAAUGUUUGAAGUUUGUGAAUGAUAGUAGAGAGAGUGCUUCUCUCUACAAGAGUUUGAAAGGAAAGAAUCAGGAUCGUGGGAAACCAUAUGAUGACAAGAGGAAACAAGCUGGUUUUGGCAAGAAGCCAAGUUGGGGAGGAUCUUCUACUCCACUUAAGUGCUUUAAAUGUGGUGUUUAG